AUGCAGUCUUCAGCCCCAUCUCUUCCACAUCGGUCCCAUUCAGGAAAACACGUGAUUCUACGCCAGGCUGCUUCUCAAGCAGGCAUUGACAAUAUCGUGCUAAACCUCAUGGAACUUGAUUUCAAAAAGGCUUUCGACUUCAUCAGAGAGAAGCUUAGCCCCGAGUUUGUACAAGAAUAUUGGCUUGUUUCUGUAGUGGAUGCUUCUAGGUGCUGCUAUAACGAGUAUGGCAACGUUUCUGUGUAUUGGUUCUGUAUCAAGUUCCUUGAUACGCUUUGGUGCUUGCUUUUUGGUAGAACUGCUGGGCCUUCCCCCUGGUACUAUCUACUUGAUGGACUUAGCAUGUUCCAUGGUGCUGCCGAUGAAAUGAUCGACGUCCUCGAUCUCAAUCGUAAAAUUUUCGACAACCCGAAUGAUGCUAAUAUCAUUAUGCACCGAGAACUUGGCCAAUUGAUAUUUCCCAUCAAAAUCGCGAUGCCGGAGAACAUCACUUUGACACCAUCGACGGGAAAUUCCAAGCGUUCAGCAGCAGAUGAUCUUGACCAACCACAAACCAAAACCAAGCGCUCAUCCAAAGACAACUAGCAAUGGGACUUGAAGAAUAUGAAUCAUACAAAGGUGUUCGGGGAGAAAUGCAACUGAUAUUUUGGAGGCAAUGGGUUUGAUUCCGAUGGUUGAAAUAUAAUAUAUUACGAGUAUGUAGGGGCCGGUCCGGGAAGCGUACUACUUUCUGACAGAAAGUUCUUACUCAUGACCGAUUCAUUUCUUGUAUUGGAC